GUAGCUAUCUCCUUCUCUGCUGGACUGUUCUUUGCUGUCAAAGACUCAAAGUCAAAUCAAACCGACAACUUUGUCGUAGUUUGAAAACCAUACUAUUGUCGCUAUUUUACAGUUAAUAUAAUUCGUCCUGUGCACAAUUCACAAAGUCUCUUAUUACUUAUUACUCAGUCAACACCACCAUCAAUAUGUCUGAAGAAUUGCCACCUGGUUGGGAGAAACGUGUAAGCCGAUCGUCAGGAACGAGCUACUACUUGAAUAUCUACACCAAAGAGAGUCAAUGGGAUACUCCAACUAAACCAGCAGAGCGUGCUUCAUCAAACGGCCCAGAAAAGGUUCAAUGCAGUCAUCUUCUUGUCAAACACAGGGAUUCUCGUAGACCAUCAUCAUGGCGGCAAGACAACAUCACCAUAUCUAAAGAAGAGGCUAUGGAUUUGCUAGUUGUUUAUCAAGAGCAGAUUAUUAAUGGUGAAGCUUCAUUUGCUGAAUUGGCCUCGAAAUACUCAGACUGCAGUUCAGCCAAGAAAGGUGGAGAUCUUGGUAGUUUUGGUAGAGGAGCAAUGCAGAAACCGUUUGAAGAUGCUGCUUUUAGCUUAAAAGUUGGUGGAAUGAGUGAACCUGUGUGGACUGAUUCAGGAGUUCAUAUUAUUCUUCGCACUGCGUGAAUUAAAUUUUUCAUUAAAUUUUCUUUUUACUAGAAUUUUUGGAUGUUUCGUCUAUUGCAUACCCAUAUACAACAUUAUUAUUGCAAGUAUAAAUUUGGUUUUUACAAUUUCUUCAACUGAAUUAAGAAAACACAUCAAGGGUUCAGAGUUUAGAUUAUCUAAAAAUUUUUGUAUUUACCUGACAUUAAGUUUGGUAACACAUACUGCAUAUUUCAUGUUUGCUUACUGAUGAAUUUCAAAAUUGCCAAUCGAUCAGAUUAUUUACACAAAUCGAUAACGUCACAUAGGAGAAAAAGGGAACGACCACAGAAUGAGAAUAUUAAAAUUAGAGGGGUCAGAUUACAAUUUGGCGAUAAUCGAUAGAACGUGGUAGUUUUUUUUUUUUGUUGUUUUAUUUUGCGCCUUCGGGACAUAGAAGGAAUGGAUGGUUUACUCUUCUUUAUGAAAAA